CAAUCCGGGCCAGCUUGCGCCGGGCUACCGCCUAUAAAUCCGCCAAUGUGUUUAAACCAUUUUCUCGAAGCCACAUCCGUGAUCACCCUCCGCCCCCACCAAAAUCCCCAUACUAAAACCCUUUCUCCAUUUUGGUGGGAAUUCGUGCUCCCAAUGGCGGCGACCACCCGGGCCCUCUUCCUCUCGUGCUUCCACGGCGGCUCCGAUGCGAGCGGCCACCUCGCGCUGCGGUCGCGGUACCCGUCGAUGCCGCGGCGCCCCAGGUCGGCCGUGGUCGCUGGCGAGGGUGCUGGUAGUAGUGGAGGUGGGGGCGAUCUGGAGGCAGCGGAGGAGGAGGAGGAGAAGGUGGCGGUGUUCGCGGUAUCAGGGAUGACGUGCGCCGCGUGCGCUGGGUCGGUGGAGAAGGCCGUCAAGCGGCUCCCAGGCAUCCACGAAGCCGCGGUCGACGUCCUCGGGGGCCGCGCGCAGGUCGCCUUCUACCCGGCAUCGGUCUCGGUGAGCAUCGGGGAGGAAAAAAUUAAGGAAACCAUCGAAGAUGCUGGUUUUGGAGCUAAACUGAUUGAUGAGGAGGUCAAGGAAAAGAGCAUUCUAGUAUGCAGGCUGCACAUAAAAGGUAUGACCUGUACAUCUUGUGCAAGCACGGUCGAGUCUGCCUUGCAAGUUGUUCCAGGGGUUCAGAGAGCUUCGGUUGCGCUGGCUAUUGAAGAGGCAGAAAUCCGUUAUGAUCGCAGGGUCAUCUCUGCUACCCAACUAAUUCAUGCAGUCGAAGAAACUGGCUUUGAAGCUAUACUGGUCACCACAGGAGAAGAUCAGAGCAGGAUAGACCUCAAAGUGCAUGGCAUUCUUGACGAGAGAUCAAUAAUGAUAGUGAAAAGCUCUGUUCAAGCUCUUCCUGGUGUGGAAGACAUAAAAGUUGACACUGAGCUCCACAAGCUUACCAUCUCAUACAAGCCUGACCAGACUGGUCCCCGGGACCUCAUCGAAGUCAUCGAGUCUGCUACAUCUGGUCAUGUUACCGUGUCAAUAUACCCAGAAGCAGACGGGAGAGAGCAGCAUAGAAAUGAGGAGAUCAGGCAAUACAAGAAUUCUUUAUUAUGGAGCUUAGUAUUCACGAUCCCAGUGUUCCUCACCUCCAUGGUGUUCAUGUACAUCCCAGGGCUGAAGAAUGGGCUGGACAAAAAGGUUAUCAACAUGAUGAGCAUUGGUGAAUUACUGCGAUGGAUUUUGUCGACACCUGUCCAAUUUGUGAUUGGCCGCAGAUUUUAUACUGGUGCUUACAAAGCCUUGUGCCACAUCUCGCCGAACAUGGAUGUGCUCAUUGCUCUAGGGACCAACACAGCUUACUUCUACUCAGUUUACUCGGUUCUCCGAGCUGCUACAUCUGAGAACUACAUGGCAACUGAUUUUUUUGAGACUAGUUCCAUGCUCAUAUCUUUUAUCCUUCUUGGGAAGUACCUUGAGAUCUUGGCAAAAGGAAAAACCUCUGAGGCUAUUGCCAAGCUGAUGGAUCUUGCGCCGGAAACUGCAACAGUGCUGAUGCACGACAACAAAGGGCAUGUUGUAGGUGAGAAGGAGAUUGACAGUAGAUUGAUUCAAAAAAAUGAUGUGAUCAAAGUAGUUCCAGGUGGCAAAGUUGCUUCCGAUGGCUUUGUUAUAUGGGGUCAGAGCCAUGUGAAUGAAAGCAUGAUCACCGGAGAAUCACGGCCUGUGGCAAAGAGAAAGGGUGACACUGUGAUCGGAGGGACAGUGAACGAGAAUGGUGUGCUCCAUGUCCGUGCAACAUUUGUUGGAUCAGAGAGUGCCCUGGCACAGAUCGUAAGGCUAGUAGAAUCGGCACAGAUGGCAAAAGCUCCUGUGCAGAAAUUUGCUGAUCAGAUAUCUAAAGUCUUUGUCCCCCUGGUGAUCGUCCUUUCUUUGCUUACUUGGCUUUCAUGGUUUUUAGCUGGGAGGUUCAAUGGAUACCCAAAAUCGUGGAUACCAUCUUCCAUGGAUAGCUUUCAGCUAGCUCUUCAGUUUGGGAUAUCAGUUAUGGUGAUCGCCUGUCCUUGUGCCCUUGGGUUGGCCACUCCAACUGCCGUGAUGGUUGCUACUGGAGUUGGUGCCUCGCAGGGUGUUCUGAUUAAGGGUGGGCAAGCUCUGGAGAGUGCACAGAAGGUGGACUGCAUUGUUUUUGACAAGACAGGAACACUAACGAUUGGGAAACCUGUUGUUGUGAACACCAGGCUUUUAAAAAACAUGGUCUUACGUGAAUUCUAUGACUAUGUUGCAGCAGCAGAGGUCAACAGUGAACAUCCGCUGGCGAAGGCGAUAGUGGAGCAUGCCAAGAAGUUCCACUCAGAAGAAAACCAUAUCUGGCCUGAAGCAAGGGAUUUCAUUUCAGUCACCGGACACGGUGUCAAGGCAAAAAUCAGUGACAAGAGUGUCAUUGUGGGCAACAAGAGCUUUAUGUUGUCAUCACAUAUUAAUGUUCCCGUGGAAGCUUCAGAAAUCCUCGUGGAAGAAGAAGACAAGGCGCAAACAGGGAUCAUUGUGGCUAUGGACCAAGAAAUUGUGGGCAUAAUCUCUGUGUCUGAUCCAAUAAAACCAAAUGCCCAUGAAGUGAUAUCAUACCUCAAGUCAAUGAAGGUGGAGUGUAUAAUGGUGACUGGGGACAACUGGGGAACGGCCAAUGCCAUCGGAAAAGAGGUUGGCAUUGAAAAGAUCAUAGCUGAAGCGAAACCGGAGCAGAAGGCUGAGAAGGUGAAGGAACUUCAGUUGUCUGGAAGAACCGUGGCGAUGGUUGGUGAUGGAAUCAAUGACUCCCCAGCGCUUGUCGCAGCAGACGUGGGUAUGGCUAUUGGCGCUGGCACUGAUAUUGCCAUUGAAGCUGCGGACAUUGUCCUCAUGAAGAGCAACUUGGAGGAUGUGAUCACCGCUAUCGAUCUGUCGAGGAAAACCUUCUUCCGCAUACGGAUGAACUAUGUGUGGGCGCUCGGCUACAACAUCCUCGGCAUACCAAUUGCUGCUGGGGUGCUAUUCCCAUCGACCCGCUUCCGAUUGCCGCCGUGGGUCGCUGGCGCUGCAAUGGCGGCAUCCUCCGUCAGUGUCGUUUGCUGGUCCCUGCUGUUGAGGUACUACAAGAGGCCAUUGAUCACGCAGGAGCGACAAUCAUACACAAGUGGAUAAACUGCAGAUAUCCGGAACUCCGUGGUAUAUGUUGGGUGAAAAUCUUGAAGAAUUACAAGGGUUGUAGGAGUAGAUAUUUGUAACUCCGUGGUAUAUGUUGGGUGAAAAAUGAAAAUCUUGGAGCACGACAAGGGUAGCAGUUCUCUGAUGUAAAUAUAAUCCUCUAUCUUUAAAUAUGUGUGCGUGCUGGACUACUGCCUAGUAAUCCUUUUUUUAGCAAGUCAGGCAGCACACUACUUGCA